GGUGAGUGUGACAACCUGAGAAGUGUGUUACGCGGCGAGGAGUUCACACAACGAGAAUGGCAACAUGGAGACCAAACACCCGUGAUAUCUGAGAGCCGGAGGCAGAAGUGAACCAUGAAACUCGCCAUUGUGGCCUUUUACGGGUUAGCUCUGGGGCUCCUGGCGGUUGGCCUGCGAGAGUUGCUGACAGGCUUCGAGGAGAACAGAUGCAGUAUGACCUACAUGUUUGAAUAUCCGGAGUACCGGCGUGUGGCACUGCCUCGUCGUGUGGCCAGAUUGUACCCAGCGUACGGGCUCUACCUGUAUGGAGAGGGGGUAUACGCCCAGGAGACCCGAGCGCUCAAACUCACCGGUGCCCCUGUGCUCUUCCUGCCUGGAAACGCAGGCAGUUACAAACAAGCUCGCUCCCUGGGCUCCGUGGCCUUGAGGAAGGCUGAGAACAUAGAGGGAGGUGUCCACUUCAAUGUGUUCACUGUGGACUUCAACGAGGAGCUGGUGGCCCUUUACGGUGGCAGUCUGCUCAGGCAAACACACUUCCUGCAUGAGAGCAUUAAGGCCAUCCUGAGGCUUUACAAGCACGUGAAGACACCCCCUCAGAGUGUGGUUCUUGUUGGUCACUCCAUGGGAGGGGUGGUGGCCCGGGCGCUGUUCACUUUGCCCCGUUUCAACACCAAUCUGGUCAGCCUCAUCAUCACCCAGGCCUCCCCUCACCUGGCUCCAGUGCUGGCCCUGGACCCGUACUUGCUCGAUUUCUACUCUGCAGUGAGACAGAAGUGGGUGAACCAGGCGAAAAAGCUCAGGAACGUCACAGUUCUGUCUGUUGGAGGUGGUUACCGUGACUACCAGGUCCGCUCCGGACUGAUAUCCCUACCUUGUCCACCUGGAGACCCCAAUAAGUUGUCACUGGUGGCAACUGCAGUACCCAGGACAUGGGUGUCCACUGACCAUCUGUCCAUCGUUUGGUGCAAAGAGCUCGUUCUUGCCACUGUCAGGUCAUUCUUUGACCUCAUCGAUCCAGAAACCAGACAGUUCACAGCAAAUCCAGAGAAGAAAAUGGCUGUACUAAACCAUCACUUCAUCAGACAUCCUGUCAGGAUGGUGGGAGAAACUCAAGACACCUCCGUCUCCAUCGUAGAUUCUCCUGAAGCAUGGAGUGAAGUUAACACACUGCGUCUGGCUUACAGCACACCAAAGGAAGGACAAGUUAAAUACUUCAUGUUUGCGCUGUCGAGCCGCAGGAAGGCCUACAGCCAUUUCUACUGCCGGAGCAACAACCUGGAGAUGACUAGCUGGGUGUAUGGCUGCGUACACAAGAACAGUUCUUCAUGUGUGCAUGCAGUGGAUCUGUCCAUGGGAACUGAGCUGCUGCCACCCUACAAGGUCCUGAUUCUGAGUCUCAGUGAUUUGUCCUCAGUUACUCAUCUAGUUGUUUCGGCCUCCAACAUCAACGGCAGACAGUUCAUGGUGGAGUGCGAGUGGCAGAGACAAGAAUCUCAGACUGUGUCUCUCCCAGUGCCACAUGUCCUGUCCUUUGGUUUGACCGUCAGCGAUGUUUCAGUCAACUCGUCUGGACUUCUUCACACCAUCAAGCUGCAACACUUCCACCAGGUCUACCAGGCCUUCAGAAUUACUGUCUCAAGCCAGUGCAAAGUGCAUAAAGAUAGAAUGUCCAAUGUGUACAGAAUAAAUGUUCCGUGGUUUCGAGAGGACUCUUUAACCACAGUCAGUGUGCCGUCAGUGACUGAAAUCUCAGGGAUGCUCCACACAAGUCGUCCAGACAACACCUCAGGCGUCCUCCUUCAGCUCCACACUGCCCCCAACUGCCAAUAUAAGGUGUCAGUAAGGACUUCAUUACCCAAGGUGCUGGGACAGAUAUUGAGGUUCUGUGGUCCCAUGGUGCCAGUGUACACCGCUGUAACCCUCCUCCUGGCCUGUGGGGGGCAGCUGUCCUACAUCCUUGCAUCGAGGCGAGCUGCAGAGAUGAGCCAGGUGGUGGGCAAAGGCCUGCAGCCUCAUAAAGUCAAUCUGCCCGUUUAUAUUCUUCACACUUUGCUUAGCUGUAGCUGUUUUCAAGAAGUGUGGUCAACUCUUUACCUCCCCCCGAUGGAUGCCCUCCCCCCAACCAGCCCUGAUGAGGGUGUGGUCCCUAUUGAAGAGUGGCCCCACCUUCUGUCCCCUCUGCUUUACAUCUUUGGGGCAGCUGUGGCGUACUGGGGCAGCACACUGCUCCGUCUCAUCAUACGAUUGAUCUCACUAUUAUUGGCUCCCCUGCACAGACCCUCAGUGUCUAGAGACUGUGGCACUCUGCGACUGCGGACCCAGCUCCUCGUCUCUGUGUGCCUGACUGUCGUGGGUGGGAUGUCCUGUGGGGCAUUGGCCGUCUUUGCUGCCUUUCUCUUCCACCUUUACAGAGUCUUGAAGCUACAGAUGACAGUAAGAUCUUUGAGUCACAUGUUGAAUCUGGCACCCAGGCAGCGCAAAGAAGCCGAGAACGGCACAGUCGACGUCGAACCCUUGAGCAAGUCUAAAGAAUGUAACGGUGCCCCUCUGCUGUCUGAGUGUGCUCUGCAGGAGGUGAGGGAUGACUUACAGCUCCACCUCUGCCUGUCAGCGCUCUUCACACUCCCCCUCAUGCUCAUCGCACCCUCACUCAUCCACUGGAGCCGCAACCUGAGGUAUUCCACCCAGUUGGAUCCUGACCCUUGUUGGCUGCUCUUUGUGCCUCUUAUUAUUGUGUACGUGCUUCUCAUAAACUGCAACACUUUGAAACUCAGCGGCAGCAAACUGUUGCCCCUGACAUCCUGCCUCCCUCUCCCCUUGUCCAUUGCCAUGGUGACCUUCUCUCCACUCCACCUCUACAGAGUCACCUACUUCCUGCUGGCGGCGCUCGUCCCUCUGGCCUCGUGCUGUCUGCUCUGACGGUAUCUGUCUGUUUUCAGUCCACAUCUCUACCAUAACAAGCCUUUUUCUAACUCGCUGAAGCUGCUUCAGACCGAUUGGGUCCAGGAAAGACGACGUGGCUGCCGUGGAGCAGAGCCAUAGACAUACAUAGCUUGGGGAACCGGCCGCUCAAUGUUAGCACUAAAAGCUCCAUGGCAAUUACAAUGUGUUUUAAAAAUGAGAGGAUGUAACGGCCUUGGAACAUUUGGUGCGAAUAUGGCUCCAAAGGAUUGACCUGAAAACCAAGUUUGCCUUACUCUGUAUAUCUAUAGCUCUGCCUUCAAGGAGCAACAACUCCACAACCAAGUGAAGCUACUGAUACUAGAGAUUCUCAACAGGGUGUUACCGUUAAAACGUGUCAUUUCUAGUGACCACAGUGGCAUUGUUCACCGCCGUCACUGCGCUGUAAACUCUUUCACUGCCUCCUGCUUAGCAAUGACUUAUAGUUGUAUGUUAUCUUUAACUAUUAACUGUCGUAGCACGGCCACAAAACCUGUGUCACAUGCCACUGGUUUUUAUCAUGAGAAAAAUCCAAAGGAAUCAUGUUUACAUUGUCCCGUACACCUUUUAUGCAGAGCAGGUAGAAUUGCAGCAAAAUGAAAGUUUGCACUGGAAAAGGCUUCAGUGCAUGUGUAGGUUUUAAGCUGUAUUAUAUUCUCCAGAAGCAAAUAAUUAUGAUCCAUUCCAUCUUCUGUAAAAUACAACAGUGUAGCCCAGCAAUUUCUAGGUGUGGCAAAUCUGUGAGCUAUAUUUAUUUUGGCGAUGACUCAUAAAUUAUUUGUCUUGUUAAGACUUUUUUUUGUUUUUAAUCUGUGGUAGUUCACUUUUGCGUCUCUCACUCUUUCAUUCACUCACCUAGGCAACAGUGACUGUUAAAUAAGCAGCAGACUGGCGGCUUAUCUAAAAUAAGCAUCUGAUAGUCUUCUGGCCAGAAAUCAAAGUGAUUUAUUUUACUACUUGAAAGACAGAAUUCAAGAACUCAAAGAGAAAAGCAACAUGGAUUUCUAAAUGAUCUUAAGUCAACAUGUGGGCAUUGUACACGCUGUACGCAUUGUUUUUAAAGCCCUGUCGAAACAUGUUGGCUUUUUUAAAGAUUUAGCCACCAUAUUAAAGACUUUUUAAUGUAAUUCCUCUUCAUUUUUCACAUUUUUCACAUUUUUGGAAUGCCUGGAUUUUGUUUGUACUGUUGGUUAACGUUUUCCAUGAGCACCCAAUACAAGUUUUUGACCUACGUUAGAUCAUAGCCUACAGAGCAACCAGUCAUCUCCCUCUUUUUCUAAGCACCUCAUAGUCUUCUGGCCAGAAAUCAAAGUGAUUUAUUUUUACUACUUGAAAGAUAUGAUUCAAGAACUCAAAGAGAAAAGCAACGCAGAUUUCUAAAUGAUCUAAAGUAAAAAUGUGGGUGUUGUAAACGCUCUGUGCCAUGUUUUCACAGACUUGAUUGUAACAUGCAACUUGACUAAUUUACAGGGGCAUUCAACAGUGAGGCGGUAAUUCUAGUUAAAAAAAAUAAACUGGGUGGUACUGAUGGAAUAAAUGCAAUCGAAAACCCCAACAAUGAGUCCUAAAACGUAGAAAUGAAUUAGCAUUUCAGCACUUUCGGUCAAUGGGCUUUUGGUGUGGGGUUUGAGUCAAAGGCAUCAAAUAAGGUAUGAAGCUGAAGAGACGUUGAUGUUUUGUUCUUCGACACAAAUUGCGUCAGUAAAUACUCCACUGUGAACUUUGAAGCCUCUAUGUGUCUCAAAAGAGACGGUUUGUAACAAGUGGCUAAAUGAGACUACUGAACAACUGUAGCGUAGUUUGAUUUAGCCUAGCAAUAGCUUUUUGCUUUUUGCUUUUUGCUUUUUGCGAUUACAUUUAGGCAUUAAAAAUCCUGAAAUUUGUGUUCGUUUGUGAAGAUCAUCUUGCUGAACAAAAUAUGUGAAUAUCAUAAAUGUUUGUUGACUGCAGAACUUAUUUUCUGCCACAAUCCAAAAUCUAAUGGAAAAAUCCAAAAGGCUUUUUGUCGAGGGAACCAGACUGAAAUGUACAUUCUGCUGAAUUUACCGUGUUGGCGCAGCUACAGACUGUCUCCAGUGCUGCUGUGUGGUAGUGUAGCUAUGAUUCAGCACAAAAAAACCCCAAAAGACCCAAAAGCAUGGUUGUUACAGGGUGGUUCUCCUGUAAAGCUGUGACCUCCCUGCCAGACGUUCAAUUUCUAGGCCUCAUGGUGAUGCAUGUUUGCAUUACAUUACCUAUAAAAAGUAUUUAGCCUUUGAUGUUUUUGGUGAUUUAUUGUUGACAGCACUGAAUUAUAGUGGAUGCAAGCUGAUCAGCAGGAAGGACUAUUUGAUGUCAGAGAACAAACUGACAGCUAUAGUUAAUUCUUAACUGAAUCAAAAGAAAGAAACCAACUAAAUAAUUACUGCCAAAGUCCCCAUCAAGUCAGUAUGUAGUGGAGAUGUGGCAGCAUUUAGAGUCUAAGAGUGGGUUUGCUAGUGUCCUUGUUACACGUCAUGUCCGAGUUUACGAAUUCUUAUACACAUGUAGAAAGUUAGAUUUGUUUUUACAUCAUAGUAUUUUCUGUUGAUUAAUAUACAGGUAGAAGGGCAAUCUGAAAGCACAGACCUCUGCCAAGGCCAAAUUUCUCAGUUUUGAUAAAAGUGAAGAAUAAUUUGUGUAUCAGCGGACUGACUCGGAUCCCCUCCAAAAUGUAACGAGUUCCAACUAACCCAUUUUCCACCAACAUGGACUUGUUCCCUUCUGAUUCCCACACCUUAAUUUGAACUGUUCAGAGCAUUUUGACCAAAAAUAAAUUGGUUCAGAACCAGACUUGGUUCCCAGCUGAAACCAAAACAUAGCCGGUUUUCCUAAGCCUAAGCUGCGAACUGAGACGGCAUCAGUGGGUGUGUCACAUUUCACAGGUUAGAAAGAGAGGAUGGAGAAGGCAAGUGAGAAAAUGCCAGAAAAAAAAAAUAUUCGCUGAUCCGUGCUUUUUUAUUCAAACAAAUACCUCUAAUUAAAAACAGAGCAAAAGUUUGUAAUCAAAGUAAUCCCUGAUUUUGGUUCUACUGUUGCUGUACAUUGUGCAACGCCUCCAGUUUGAUGACACAUGAUGACAACGGUUCAGCUCAAAACUGAUGGAAACGCAGGCUGGUUUGAUAGACAGCACAGAGGUGCCAAGAAUCCUGAACAGAACCCAUUCAAGAACCAGAGCUAAUUUGGUGUAAAAGGGAUAACCGUUCCACUGAGUUUCAUGAAAAUCGGGCCAAUAGUUUUUCUGUAAUCCAAAUAACAGACAAACCAAAAACAUAACCUUUUUGGCCGAGGUCAAAAUCUCAGCUACCUCCACUGUGAAUCAAUGUUGUAAAACAAUAACACGUAAAAAAAAAAAAAAAAAGAAAAAGUUCAAAGGCCUGAGAAUGCUUCAUUGGCAGCGCGGUAGUGACAGUGACCUCCAUGUUGAAAGUCUAUAGACAAACGAGUGUUUUGAAACAAUGCAGCAGAGGCUCUACGUUGUUUUGACGCUUUAGGCAAAGUUUUAAAGGCAGAUUAAUUACUGUCUCUAACCUACAGAUUUAUGUCCAGGGGAGGAUUAUGGGACGUCUGAUCAGUAUUGCAAAUGAUACAGUAUGAUUGGAGUUUAGAACAAAGCUUUUGACAGAAAGUAUUUAAACCCCAUGAUGUGAUUGGAAUGGUCUUUGCUUUGCUGCUGUAUUGGAGAUAAUAAGAGAAGUGUCUUGUAUUUUAUGGUUACUGAUGUUAAGGGCGCAUUUAACUAUCCUAAUAACAGGUGUACAGAUGAAUACUAAUGACCACGGAUAGUCUA